AAUUAUCAUUUUUUUCUCAUCAUCAGUUGAAAUUAAAUUUAAUAGUGAAAAUUUAAAAAAUAAUUAGUGUAAUUUUUGUAAUUUUAUUAUAAAAACAAACGAUAUUUUUUAAUUACGAACGAUUACAAUUUAAACUUAUAUUUUAUACAUAGGAUUUUGACAGAUGAGAAUUACUGUGCGUAAUUCAUUGCCUCUUCAACAUCAGCAAGUGGCAGCUGAUUUUUUGCAUCACAGAGGACAAAAUGCGUCGUCGGCUUUGCAAAGAGGCUUAAACGGUUACAUGCAGAAUUUGUCAAGGUCACAGGACCUACCUCGGGGAAGUGUCGCGACAACGUCAAAUAAUCCACCACAUCCAUUAACAACACGUCGUACGCGAACUGUCAAAAUGGGCGCACCAAAAGAAAAACACAAAGACAAAUUAUUACCAAAAUGUUCUGUUAUUUAUUCAAAUUCUCAACAUGGUGAAAUUAUAAAUGAAAAAGAAAUUAUUUAUCAACAACCAGAUCAUUGUGCUCAAGGAUUUCCAAUUUUCGAGGAUAUUCGAAGGCAGGGUAAACUUUGUGAUGUAACGCUCAAGGUUGACGACCAAAGUUUUAGUGCUCACAGAAUUGUGUUGGCUGCAACAAUUCCUUAUUUUAAUGCAAUGUUCCUGAAUAAUAUGUCGGAAAGCAAACAAAAAGACAUAACUUUACAGGGAGUCGAUUCAGUUGCUUUAGAAGCAUUGAUAAAUUUUGCAUACAGCGGACGUAUUACACUUACAAAUGAAAAUGUUCAAAGUAUCAUGAUUGGAGCGUCUUUUUUUGCAUUACAUAAAGUUAAAGAUGUGUGUGCAGAAUUUUUACAAACACGUUUUCAUCCCCACAAUGUUUUGGGCAUAAGACAUUUUGCUGAUACAUUGAGCUGUGCAAUUUUAUUAGAACAAGCAAAUAAAUAUAUUCAACAUUAUUUUCAAGAAGUUUCCAUGGCCGAUGAAUACUUAAAUUUAUCGUUCUGUGAUUUAAAGGAAUUAGUUUCUAGCGAUGAAUUACAUAUAACAUCAGAGCAACAAGUUUUUGAAGCUGUUUUACGAUGGGUAAAACAUGAGGAGGAAAUGAGGGGUAAACAUUUACCUGAAUUACUUGCACUUGUGCGAUUGCCACUUUUAUCGCCGGAAUAUUUAGCUGAUCAUGUUGCAAAGGAAGAUCUUAUAAGAAGUUCUCAUCAAUGCAGGGAUUUAUUAGAUGAGGCAAAGGACUAUUAUCUUUUGCCACAUAGAAGAUAUUUGUUGGAUAGUUUCAAAUGUAGUCCUAGAUGUUGUAAUUAUACAAUGGGUCAUAUUUUUGCUGUUGGUGGAUUAACGAAAUUUGGCGAUUCUUUAAGUACAGUAGAGGUGUAUGAUCCAUUUACUGAAAAAUGGAAAACAUCAGAAGCAAUGACAAUGUUAAGAAGCAGAGUUGGCGUUGCUGUUCAUAAAAAUAAACUUUAUGCAUUUGGCGGUUAUAAUGGUUCCGAUAGACUUUCCACUGUUGAGGUUUAUCAUCCAAAUUUAAAAGCGUGGAAAAUUAUUGCUCCAAUGCACUGUAAAAGAAGUGCUGUAGGUACAGCUGCUCUUAAUGAUUUCCUCUAUGUUUGUGGAGGAUACGAUGGAGUUGCCUCUUUAGAUACUGUUGAGAGAUAUUGCCCUGAAACUGAUGUAUGGAAAAUGGUCAGUUCCAUGAAUAAGCAUCGCUCUGCUGGCGGAGUUGUUGCAUUUCAGGGUUACGUUUAUGCUUUAGGUGGUCAUGAUGGAUUAUCAAUAUUUGAUUCGGUUGAACGAUAUGACGCUCAAACAGACACAUGGACAGUGGUUAAACCAAUGUUGACAAGAAGAUGUCGUCUAGGAGUUGCUGCUCUUAAACGAAAACUCUACGUUUGCGGUGGUUACGAUGGAUCAACUUUCUUACAGUCCGUUGAAGCUUACGAUCCAGUAACUAACAAAUGGGAAUUUGUCGCACCAAUGACAGUAAGACGCAGUCGUGCUGCACUUGUGGCAAAUAUGGGUAAAUUAUGGGCAAUCGGUGGUUAUGAUGGUGAUUCAAAUCUUUCGACAGUUGAAGUUUAUGAUCCUGAUACAAAUACAUGGUCAUUCGCAACUCCAAUGUGCGCUCAUGAAGGCGGUGUUGGUGUUGGAGUAAUAUCGAUCUGUUAAUUAUAUUUAUAAUAAGCAUUUUUCAUAAUAGAUCAAAUUAAUUUGAAAUAUUUAAAAAUUUUAUCUAGUAAAAAAAAAACUAUUUUUAAUAUUAAUAUAAUUGUCAAAUUCUUGCCAUUUUGCAUGGCGAUUAAUUUUAUUUAAUUUGAUAAAGUUUUUGAUAAUACUUUAUUUCCUUCCCCUUUUAGAUAUAUACAUAUAUAUAAAUGUUAAUCGACGGCAAAUGAGAGAUAUUUUUACAUUUUACUGUGAUUGAAUUUGUAGGGUUUUUAUUUUUUUUUUUUGCAUUGAUCUCGAAAUUUUUUAUAUUCGCCAUUUAGAACUAUAAAUGUAUUUAUGUAAUAACGAUUUUAAUUAUUAAUUCGACUGUGAAUGCAUUGCAAUUGGAUCAAUGUUUAUAUUUAUAUAAUAUUAAUGUUUAUAAUUCUACGUCUUCGAAAGAGAAUAUAUUAUAUACUAAGUAACUUAAUUGUAAAUUGUGUAUAAAUUUUGAAGACGAAAAUUAUGUUUAUUCUGCAGAAGAUUUGAUCUUCUUGUUUUUCCAGCAGAGCAUUUAUAAAAUUAUUAAGUUCCGGAAAUUUGUAAAGCGAUAGUAUUGUGUAGUGAUAAGAGCGAUCAAAUAAUUCUUUAAAAUUAUUUAAAAAAAAUUUUUUUUUUACCAUUUUGAUAUUACAUUUUUAUGUUAUAUUAUUUUAAUUAAAAAUAGUUCCCCUUUUUUGUAAACCAUAAAACACAUAUAGGAGACAUUUUUUAUUUUUUUUACUAUUUGAAAACAUAACUAAAUUAUAUUACAAUAUGUGACAUCAAAUUUUUAUUGAUUUUUGGAUUAUUUUUUUAUUUGAUGUCCGAUAUUUUCUUGUAAAAUCAAGCGUUGUAAAUAAACAAUUGUUUUUACUUAAAAA